CGUGAGUUAACACUUCAAUUGCGCAUGUGUCGCACUCUACUGCUGGACCAGGCUUUAAUGAUGAUUGCUGGCGCUGCUUUGGGUCUUCUGUUCCGAGAGGUUGAAGUACACAAUGUCCCCGAGAGUACAAACUUUGGGAAUAUCGUUGUUGGUUUAGUCGGUGUUUACGCUGCUCUCAGAUGUUUUGGAGUUCAUAGAAUUGUGUUUUGGAGGGAAAGUGCUUCGGGUAUCAAUCGUGUUAGUUACUACCUAGCUGUAAACAUAGCCUACAUUCCUAUUCUCUUGGUAUCACCAGCUGUGUAUCUUAGCCUUUAUUAUUCCAUCGCAGCUUUCUUGGCACCGUUCUCCUCUCACUAUUUCGUAUUUUUGUGUUCGUGGUUUUGUCUUUCUGGGCUUGGUUAUGUCUUGUCUUUGAUUAUGACUCCGAGAAAUUCACAAAUGGCUGCCAUUGUAACCGUCGUCAUUAUGGCUUUGUUAUCAGGUGGUUCUCCUGAGUUAUGUAAACUGGACGACACAGUUAUUGCAACUAUUUUUUACAAUUUGUCCUUUUCACGUUGGGUUGCCGAGGCUAUAUUUGAAAUAGAAGCAAAAGAACAUUCUGCUGUACUAAGCGACAUUAUAAGUCGUGUACAAAGGGACAACCAUUAUGAUUUACACACCUACAACACGGCUAUUGUAGUGCUUGUAUCCAUGGGUUUUGCCUAUAGAAUUAUAGCAUUGUUUCUGCUUUUAUUUACGAAACGAGGACAACAGAAGUGAAGUAUUGGUGGCUUAAUGUAUAAUCUUAAAAUGACUUUGUUAUACAAACUUUUGACAUAACGAGUGAAACAACACUGCUUUUAAUCAUGCCAUAUAACAAUAACAAUUGGCCAGUGAAAUUACUGUCAAUUGCUUAGUUUUGUAUCAUUGAACGAAUUAAGUGUCUGUGGAUACGAUACCUUACUUGUAAACCUUUUGUUUAAAUAUUUAACCAUUACAAA